UUGUGAGUUUGGAGUUCUUGCGCUACGGACGCGGACGCUCGCUGACAAGUGCUACAACCGAUAAACCGGAAAACCUUUAUUAAUGGAACGGACACCGGGACGUAUAAUGGAUACAUUCGAGCUCUUUUGGAACUCUAUGGUCUGGUAAACCAAACCGGGAGGACAUCGUGGCUCCCGAAGCAGCCCACAGACGCACCGGAGCGUUUUUUGCGUUUUGAACAACCGGACAAAACAACCGCACAAAAACUCGGGACGGGAACAGGCUACCGUCUGGACUCUCUUUCUGAGGAACAUAUUCUAUAUUACCUGACUAGAAUAUUUUCCCUAUGAGCAAAAUACGUUGAAUAGACUGAACAUAGUGUUUCUUGUAGGGUCCAGCAGGCUGUAGGCUACUGAAUGUGGUUUGAUUGAGGAUAAAUCAGUGAUACUUUCUAGGAUGGAGUUGUUAUGGAUUAAACUACUGCUGCUCUGUUGGAGCUGUUCAGGAGGAGGGAGAGCUGAUUAUAAGUUUGACAACAGGUGGACGGGCCAGGAGCUGUUGUCCAAUGGGCUGUGUCAGUACGGGACCAGGGUGGAGUGCUGCUGGGGCUGGAGAAGAAGAAGGGCUUCCUGGGGGACUUCCUGGGGGACUUCCUGCCAACCUCUGUGCCAACAGGAGUGUCAGCAUGGAGAGUGUGCCGGACCGGAUAAAUGCAAGUGCCAUCCAGGAUACACUGGCAAGACCUGCAGUCAAGAUCUAAAUGAGUGUGGUCUAAAGCCCAGACCCUGUAAACAUCGCUGUAUGAACACACAGGGCAGCUACAAGUGUUACUGUCUGAAUGGAUACAUGCUGCAACCUGAUGGGACCUGCAGGAAUGCCCGUACCUGUGUCAGGGCCAACUGUCAGUACGGCUGUGAGGCCACCAAAGGGGUGGUGCGAUGCCAGUGUCCGUCUCCAGGGUUACGGCUGGGGCCAGACAGACGCACCUGUGUGGAUGUUGAUGAGUGUGUGGCGGGUCGAGGUGUGUGUCCUCGGAACAGGAAGUGUCAGAACACCUUCGGCAGCUAUGUGUGUAAAUGUUACCAUGGUUACAAACUCACCUACAUCAACGGCAGAUACCACUGUAUAGAUAAGGAUUCUCGUCCCUUCUGCUCCCUCAACCCUGACUCUCCCAGGUGCCGCUGUAGAGACGGGGAGGGAAAGGACUGCUAUCCUGUUGCCAAGGUCACCAUUGCGCCUCCUCAACCUAAAACCACCCCUAAAACUACACUCAGACCUACAACGAGACCUACACCUAAACAGACAACCAGACAGACAACCAGACAGACAACCAGACAGACAACUACAGUCAGACCUACUUCUACUGCUACAAUAGCGACUACAACAGCAGAAACCACUACCAUGGCAAUAACUACCAGGAGACCUACCACCACGACAACCAUCGUUACGACAACCACCGUCCCAACAACCGUUCCCACGACAACAACCACCACUCAGCCACUGACAACCACCACAACUACAACUAAAGCUUUAGCUACUAUUAACACUAUUGCUACUACAACCCCUUCUCCAACUACAACUGAACCUACCACUACUACCACUACUACCACAACAGUUGCUAAGACAUCCGCCGUCCCAACAACCACCACCACCAAAACAACAACAACAAUCCCACCCUCUACCCCCUCCUCCCACCACCACCCCCUGGACAACCACAUUCAGAAGGUUGUUACACAGAGACAAAGAGGAGAUGUGCACAUCCCCCGUCAUCCAGGAGCUGGAAACCAUGUGUUUGACUUUGACAUUGAGCUGGGAAACACUACAGAGGACAACAGAGAUGAUCCAGGGGCCGGUGCUCUGAGCUGUUCGUUUGACCACGGUCUGUGUGGCUGGAUCAGAAACAGAGAUGGAGACCUGCACUGGGAGACAGCCAGCAACCCUGCAGGUGGGCGGUACUUGUCUGUUCCAGAGGUAGGGGCGGGGAAACGGAGCAUUCAAGGCGCACGAUUGGUCCUGCCCUUAGCCCCGCCCUGGAGCGAGGGUCACUUGUGCUUCUCCUUCCGUCAUUGGCUGUCAGGUCACCAUGUGGGCGUGCUUCAGCUGUUCGUCAGGAGGACAGGGUGGGGUUUGAGAUAUAGCCCCGCCCUCUGGAGCCGGACGGAGGGAGGAGGGUGGAGACACACACAGAUGACACUGUGGCGAGCAGGCCUGGAGAGUGUCCUUCUGAAAGGAGAGAGGAGGCGUGGCCACAGAGGAGAGAUCGGAUUGGACGACCUUAGCCUGAGGAGAGGAGCCUGCUGAGAGGAGAGACUCUAACACACUCACACACACACUCACACAUACACACA